AUGGCUACCUUAUAUAAACAAAUAGUUAAAGCUCAAGAGGAUGAAGACUCUGAUGAUCCUAAAGAAAAGAAACCCUUGGAGAAUAAACAGAAUAGACAGAGAGUUCUUGCCUUAUCUUCACGAGGAGUAAACUUUAG